AUGUACGACGAGUCCGUGGACAAUGCCAGCAGCUUCGCAGCAACUUCCUUCAGCACCACCACCACCUCCACCACCAUGAGACGAGGCGCAGCCGGCGGCUCAGCCGCCAAGUCAGGCACGAGCGGCACCACUGUAAACACCGCCAGCACCACUAAUACUACCACUUCCACCGCCACGAUUAACACCAGUGCCAUAGAUAGUACCGCCAGUCGCUCUGGCGCGUUAAACGAUUCCGAUGCUGGCAUUUCGGCGUUCACACGCGCAGACUUAGAACCUGACGACGUCCCACGAGGAGCAUUAGGAGGCAGUGGAGCCGAACCAGGAACUGGUUCAGGCUCGGGGGUACCAGCAGGGUUAGGCGAAGGCUCGGGGUUAGGAACGCCCGGGAGACGAACCCCUGUGAAACCUGCAGCGGGGGAAGGUUUAGCGGGGAGCUACGGUGACGAUUCCGCGCAGAUCGCUGCAGCGACAGCAGCAGCAGUGGCAGCUGCUGCUGAGUCCGGGUUGGGUGGAGUGGUAGGACGGAAGCCUCCCCGCGUGCCGUCGACACUAGGCGUGGAUGAGGAAUUCGAAGGGCCGGACACGUCUUCCCUCGCCGCGUUUCUGCUGUCGCUGAUAAGUAUCAAUCCGCGCGGGAACAAGGCGAGCUCUGACACGUGUUCGGAAUCAGGCGGGUCUUAUGUGGACUCGGAUUUCGAGGAGGAGUAUGAGGAGGUUGGGGAGGAGGAUAUUGGGGUGGUGGACGGUGAGGGGAAGGGAGGAGUGGUACCAAGCGGUUUGGGAGCAGGGCAGGAUGGGAGGGUGAGAAGAAGGGGACGAGGUGGGUUAGGAGGGGAGUUUGGUGGAGAGGAGGGAGGGGAGGGACAGGAGGAGGGUUUGAAGAAAUGGGAUACUGGGGAGAAUGGGAGAGUGAGAGGGGGUGGUGCUGGUGGGGGUGGGAAUGGCGGAGGGAGUGGGGGAGGGGCAAAGCGGGGCUGGUUACCCCCGUUUAUAUCACGCUUUGCAGCUGGACCAAGGGGUGCUCGAUCCCGGGAAUCCUCACCGUCAGUCACCCCGUCCUCCUCCUCCUCGUCGCUCUCGGCUGAUGCUGGAUGCGGUGACGUGGCGCUGACGUCAGCGUCCAGGCUGGAGGCGCGAGAGAACAACAACGGGGCGAAUCAAGGGGGCGUGGCGACGUCAGCAUCCGCUGCUGUGUCGUCAUCAUCAUCAGCUGCCAGAUAUGAUGGAGGAGUCGUUCCUGCUGUCCGACACGUGUCGCUCCGUGAUUUGCCAGAGCCUGCCUGCGAUUGCCAGUGGACGCGAGUGGGUUCUCCUGUACAGGUGGGCUGA